UGUUGCAGUAAUGAAAACGCAAAAAAAAGGUAAAAUGAUCGUAGAUCGUAGACAAAUAGAGUAGGCAAUCGCCGUUACUACUGUAGACCGUACACAAACACAUACACACCAACACGCUCGUAUGAAACGUAUAUACACCUUGGGCAUACUAUAUAUAUCAUGAUCUUACGAAAAGUGGUAGACUUUUCUUCUAUUUCUUACCAGCAUAACUCGUGUAUUGAUUAGUUACGAUUACUUUAACUACUUCGUCACCGUAUUCUAUCUUAUAUUACCUUACAAAGCUAAUGUGUAAAAAAAUUAAAAGCUCACUCAAUGUUUGACCGUACUUUGCAAACACCUAAUAGGUUGAUGUACAUUAGACAGUAACUUAGCAGUGCCCCCGGUGUACGCACCUCGGGCAGUGAUGUAUCGUUUGGCUUCGCAACUUAUUUUCCAGCGUAGUAGUGUGGUAAUUUUCGCGUGUUAAACAGUUUGCUCAAUUUGAUAAUCUAUCACGUAAAAUGUUGCAACCCGGCAGGGGGGGCGGCGGGGUUUCGUUGUCGAAACAGCAGUAAAUCCGUUGUUUCGAUUGCUCUCGUCGGUAGUUCCUUAACGUUUCGUAUCACUAUAUAGUACUGUACUUCCGUUUCCGUUACGCAAAUACGUUUCGAAUCGUUCGUCGCACCGUUCGUCAAUCAUUCGAUAACACAUCUCACCCAAGGAAGGAGUGGCUAAGGAGUCGUUAUCGUUUGUCACUCAUUCGUUUAGCAAACAUCAAUGUACAUUCAAUGUAGGAUUCCUUUCUAUUGCGUUGAGUCAUUUGUUUCUUCCCCCACCAUUGAACACGUGUUUCACAAAACACAUUCACCACACACCACAGUUCCCUGAUUUCGUUCCCUGAACAUCACGAGCAUCAUAGGCCGUGGGCCAUGUGCUUAAAUAGCAAUAUAGAGCAUCAGUAGUCAGCUCGUCUGUAGCCACGUUACGUUGCGUAGAACAAUUGUGUGCGGAACACUUGAACAGUGCGCCUAGCGUCGCCGAAUGUAUUGAACGAAGCAAAACUGCGGAAACAAAAUGGCGCUGCGAUGCAAAUAACUAAUACAAUAAAUCAUCUGGACCUGUAGACAAAACUGUAAACACUAGCGUGUAUCGGAGUAUCUGUUUGAUUCCAUUGGUAACGUAAUUUUUUAGAGUUUUCGCAUACACGAAGCACCGAAUCACCGUGGUCCGUAGCUUAAGACCCUUGGUCGUUCCUAUUUUCUGUGUGUCCUUUUCGGUUCCUAUUCAGUCGACCUUCCGUUUCAUUGCUGAACAUAGUAACAUAGUUUUGUCAUUCUUGUAAUCGCACUGUGUACGAUCGUUGGUGGGAGGUUAAGGCACAACAGAGCCACUGGCGCAUGUCAAAGAUGAGCAAGUUACGCUUGAAGUGUAGAUUGUUUGUUUUUCAUUUCGUGUUUCGUUCCGAUCGUAAGACUCUAUCAGAAAAUGUAAACGAUUUAUCACUAGAACCAUAGUCGGUACCACCUAGAUGAAACGCAUAUCACUUUGCAAUAACCCCGUGAUGUUCGGGCAGACCCCUUUUCUAUCGUAUGAUUUCAUGCUCGGGCAAACAUCGGAAACUCAUGUGACAAUAUUUAAUGGCAGUGUCGUCCAGUCGAAACUUUUCUGUACCUUCUCCGGUGAGCACCCGUUUUGUCCCGUUUCUAUUGUUUUCUACAACUUUCUCUUCAACCGCGCGGUGUCACGUUUGUAUCAAUCAAGCUUUAUAGAUUGUGGUAGAUAGUUGUGGGUGAGAACGAAACAAGUAGAUACCGUUUGGAUGUAUGCCAAUAAAUGAUAGUAUCCAUUACUAAUCUCAAAAGCAACACUCUUUGUAGUAACAAAAAUACGCAGAUAAUCCAUUCAAUUGAAAGAACAAUAAAAAAAACUAUACUUAUAUAAACUUUAUAAGCAAAUAUUUCUCGUAACCCUCUGCCCGCAAACGACUGGCCAGAGGAUCGUAGCUACGAUCGUACGUGAGCGUCUGUGCAUGAUUAUAAGCAUUAACUAUUAUGAAGUAAAGUAGUACAUCAUAAAAAUAAAUAGCAACAACAACAAAAAAAACACUGUAAAACACAUAACGGAGCCCAUUAUGUAGUGGUAGAGCAAUACGAGUGUGAUUGUAACUAAUCGAUUAGUAGACUUAUCAAACGCAAGCAACAAUAAAUGCAUCAAAUGUACUUUAAUCGGAUCUUAUUCGUACCGUAGAGACUCAUAAAAAAACAUACAAACACAACAAAACGCUGAAACACACCCUUUUGUAGAAUGCGAAUGCGCAAUGGUCUGUAACACGUAGCCUCUCUCUCUAGUAGACCGUAGUGGUAGUAGUACUACUUUCAGAUAGCAAUUUGGUACGCGUAGAAACCCAGUAGUUGUUAAUUAGUGUUAGAAAAUGUUUAAAGUACCCUGAAAUGGCCGGCCCUAAAAUGGACGCGAAAAAGUACCCUAAAAUGGAUGCAAAACAAAGCAACUGUGUAUUACCUACCGGGGCACGCAAAGUGGGCCGGUAACUAGGGCAACCGGAGGCCGCUUAAUGUAUCAAUCUCAACGUACAAUCCACGUAUACAUAGUUCGGGUACGAAAGCUUCUAGCUUCAGGCCGCCACAGGGCCGCCGGCUCGUAUAUCGCGUGAAAUUCAGAUACUUGUUUACUGUGUAGCCUCCUGUCCUCGUACGCUGUCCAAACACUAUGGUAUGAACACUGGUCACUGUUUUAUGUUGUAGCGUAGCAUUAGAUUGGUUCAUUAUUUUACUUUCCUUACUUUACAUAUUUUUAGAUUGUAACAGAGACGCGCGUUAAGUACACGUCCUUUGCUAAUACGUAGGUUAUCGUUACAGCUUAUUACGUUAUCUAAAAGCCGGCUUUAGGUGACCCGUUGGUUCUGAUCUCGGCUUGCAACUAAUACAACAUCCGAUUCUCUGUUUUCGCCUCUCAUACGUACUGUUGUUGCUCAUCGUUGUUUUCUCACUUUCAGUAGAGCCUCUUUUGUUUUUUCUUUCUUUCUCCCAGUAGUCCUGUAAAGCAAGCAUUUCUACCCUAUUAACGGCUUUAAUGCAUUUGUAAACCGUUGCCAACCAUUGUAGCAAACAAACAAAAAACGAGAGAGCAAACGAACAACAAAACCAUUGUAGUGAUGCUUCCGGCUCGACCGGUCGGCAGAACAAAAUGAAUUUGAAAUAAAGUAUUAUUAGUGUAAGAACCUGCUGUAUGACGCCAUCAAUCUCAUUCGCACUCCGACUGUCUUGCUGCUGUUACCACCUUCUUCUGGGUAGUGUUUGUGUCUAUGGGGGACCUCUUACGGGGUGCCUUAUGUAGUGUUGAUUUCUGUUUCUAGCAUUUCAUAACUUUGCGUGUUUUGCGUGUAGCCUCGUUUGUUUCGGGUGUCAAUUUCGAAUUAGAUUGAAUUGUUUGAACCCCCCCCCGUUUCAGUUGGUUCAAUGUAAUACUAGUCGCACCGUAAUAUUUAUGCUGUACCGAGUACCCAGAGUGUGUCUUCCUGUUCGACCUAUUACAUUCGUCUACCGGUUCGCGUAUUGCCAAUGAUGAUUUCAGUAUCUGUUCGAUUCGUUGACCAUUCGGCCGUUCUCGGCGUUACAUGGAGUGCCUAGCAUAUGAUGGGUUGAUAGGUAAUGUAUGCUUCAGGAGGGGUGCAUUGGUAAGCUGAACGAUCUUAUGAUCGUUGCCUAACUAUUGCCUAUCGCAUGAAGGGGGUAAUAAUUAAAUUUACAGUUGAAUGAUUAUGAGUUUCUUUUUUUCCUUUGAUUCCAACUUUAAUUUCAGACACUACCCGAUAACUAGCAUCGCCAAGCAUCCUCCAGGGGGGAAACAAUACUAACACACUUUUUGUUUUACUCAGUUUUAUCUCAUGCACAGAAAAUCACCCCAAAUAACGCUGUUUCCUUUUCGUUGCUCCCCAAACGCGCCCCAGUAUCGCACACGGUACAGGAUCUGGUGUUCAUCUGGAACAUGACCGAUCCGCUGGUGGUGAACCCGGAGAUCGAGCUCCCGCAGUUGGACAUUAGCAACAACUACACGACGGACUGUACGAUCGAGUACUCAACUGGCAAUUUUACCUGCCUGGCGGUGGUGUUCAAUCUGAGGCGCCGGUUGGGCUACCAUCUCUUCCACACCUACAUCCCGUCGGCCCUGAUCGUCGUCAUGUCCUGGAUAUCUUUCUGGAUCAAACCGGAGGCCAUUCCAGCCCGCGUUACACUGGGCGUUACCUCGCUGCUCACACUAGCCACGCAAAACACGCAAUCGCAACAGUCGUUGCCACCGGUUUCGUACGUGAAAGCAAUCGACGUUUGGAUGUCAUCCUGCUCCGUGUUUGUGUUUCUCUCGCUGAUGGAGUUCGCGGUCGUGAACAACUACAUGGGUCCGGUGGCCACGAAAGUGAUGAAGGGCUACUCGGACGAGGACCUGUCGGACGCGAUCGAGUUCAACAAGAACGGCUACAACAAGGAUCACCGCUCGUCGGAGGUGCCCAAGUACGACACGUUCUGCAACGGGCGCGAAACCGCGCUCUGCAUCGACAAAUUUUCGCGCUUUUUCUUCCCCUUUUCGUUCUUCAUCCUGAACGUUACCUACUGGACCACCUUCCUGUAGGUGGCCACCAUUCUGGGUUUCGGGAAAAAAAACUCACACUAAACAUACAGCAAUAAAAUAGCGUAACCGUA